UCAAUCAACCACAACUACAACUACCGCCACAACGAUACCAACCACAAAACCAUCCACCACAACUAUACAAACCACAACACCAACCACCACAUCAACGAUACCAACCACAAGACCAACCACCACAUCAACGAUACCAACCACAAGACCAACCACCACAACGAUACCAACCACAACACCAACCACCACAUCGAUACAAACCACAACACCAUCCACCACAACUAUACAAACCACAACACCAACCACCACAUCAACGAUACCAACCACAAGACCAACCACCACAUCAACGAUACCAACCACAAGACCAACCACCACAACGAUACAUACCACAACACCAACCACCACAUCGAUACAAACCACCACACCAACCACCACAUCAACGAUACCAACCACAAGACCAACCACCACAACGAUACCAACCACCACCCCGAUACAAACCACGACGAUACCGAUCACAACACCAACCACCACAUCAACGAUACCAACCACAACACCAACCACCACAUCGAUACCAACCACAAGACCAACCACCACAACGAUACCAACCACAACACCAACCACCACAUCGAUACAAACCACCACACCAACCACCACAUCAACGAUACCAACCACAAGACCAACCACCACAACGAUACCAACCACCACCCCGAUACAAACCACGACGAUACCGAUCACAACACCAACCACCACAUCAACGAUACCAACCACAACACCAACCACCACGACGAUACCGAUCACAACACAAACCACCACCACAGCACCAACCACCACCACAAUACCAACUACAACACCAACAACCACCCCAACCCGCAAAACAUCACCAACCACCACACCGAUACCAACCACCACUACAAUACCAACCACCAUCACAAUACCAACAACAACACAAACCACAAUACCAACUACAACACCAACAACCACCCCAACCCGCAAAACAUCACCAACCACCACAACGAUACUAACCAACACUAUAAUACCAACCACCACUACAAUACCAACCACCAUCACAAUACCUACCACAACACCAACCAUCGCACAAACUACCGCAACCUCACCAACCACGACAACAUCGUCAAGGACACUAUAUCCCACCACUAUCCUCAUGUAUACACCUGCGCCAAAGCACCCAGUAACAACCACAAAGCCUCCAUAUAUUCCAGUCAAGAAGAUUGUAUAUGAAGCUGUGGACCAGCCAGUAGUGAGCAAAGCUAUUGGGACAGUGUGGGUGGUCAUCAUUCUCUCCUGCCUAGGAUUCAU